UGAUCCGUCCACGUGCAGUUUACAUUGGAGCUGCUGUGUGGAAGCGGUCCGUGUUUGUGGUGUUUGUGGCCUCUUGUUGAUGGACGUCGUCGCACCGAGCAGCAGAAUGAAAGUAACAUCUCCUGAUAAGGUACUUCAGCGUGAGCUGAGCACCCUGAGCAAGUGCAUGCCCUCCUGCAUGGUGCAGCAGAUAUCUGAUUGCCUGCGCUGCUCACGUGCGCUCACGGACUAUGAGGUGCAGGUGAUUCGUUCUGGAGCCACAGACACGCAACAAGCUGCGCGUCUCCUGCAAACGCUCCUGUACAAGGGCCACACGGCAUGUCUACGCUUCUUCCAGUGCCUGAAUGCAUGCAGCCCCUCACUCUUUCACACCAUCACCAGAGGCCUGGUGAAGGUUACCGACGAGGCUCACCAUCAUGUGGAGACGUCGUCCUGUUCAGUGACCACUGCAACUGUUCCCCCAUGUGUCAUUACCAUAAACAAUUCCUCAUUGAACAACUGCAUCAUAGGAAACAACAACAGCUUGUGCUGUCUGCUCUCUCAGACCGAUGUCCAUGACGAUGCAGUGGAGCAUACGGAGAGGAAUCAUCAGGACAGGGAAACGUCCACUGAGUCCACAGAGGCUCCUAAUGUUCAGGUGGAGAGUUCCAACAUAGAGUACGUCAUUAUAGGGGACAACAACUACAUGAACAUUGAAAGCAAUCUGGACCCACAACUUGAGGAGGAAACUGAUAGUGUGGAUGAGGGUUCAUAGGAUUGGGGUAAAUAGGAUUAGGUGGUCAAGAUGGAGACCACAGACUGUUAAAAAAAAAAUAAUAAUAAUAUAUAAAAAAUUGUUUUUAUAUAUAGUUAUAUUUAUAUAUAGUGUUAUAUAUUUGUUUUGUUAUAUAUAUUUAUGCAGAGAAACUCUUCAGUUUAAAACCAUUCAUGGUUAAGAAAGUAUACACAUUUGUGUGAUUUUAAUCUAAAGUUCUCUGAAGUGUAUAAAGGCAGAACUGCUGAUGUGAUAUCAGUACCUCAGUAGUGAUAUGAUUGAUUUUUUUAUUACAAACUGAUAUUUUAAUAAGCUAUGUGUUACUGUUACUUUUGCGCAUUUAUUUUUUUGCCUCAUAACUGAUAAUGAAUUGUUUUAUAUUUAUACAUGAUAUUUAUUAUGGGUUG